CACGUCAUGUCGUGUCAUAACUUACAUCCAUUCAUUCAUCAGCUGCUUUUUUUGUUGUUGUUGUUGUAGAUUGUUUUUAGAAAUUUGAAACUGAGUUUGUGUUUGUUUUAAUUGAUUGAAAUGUUAUUCAACAAAUAUUCUUUAAUCAUAGCAUGCUUAUAUGUGCAAUGUGAGCCGUAAGAAUCAUAAAAAUAGACAUGCGUCUUUUAUAUAUACUAGUAUUUAUUAGGUGUAUAGCUGUGAGUCAACAACAGGAAAAUUCGGGAUUUUGCGAAGCCUCAAGAGAAUGUAGUAAUCAAAGCAACAAUGUAAUGAAUCGAAGACUAUUAUUUUACGACGUGAACCCUCUGGAAGGCUUCAAUUUACGCCGAGAUGUGUAUAUGAGGUUCGCUAUCCUGUUACACGAGGCACAAAAACACGGCAAAAGAAAGAACUGGUUUUUAGUUCUGCCGCCUUUUCAAAACCUCAUCCACUGGCGAUCCAGCAUAGCCGACAACGACCCAUUGCCGUGGUCCACGUUUUUUGAUGUUUCAUGUUUAAAAACUUUUGCACCAGUUUUAGAUUUACAUGAAGUUUUUAUCCAAGAACCUAAAAUUGAUAUUGAUGUAUUAUAUAUGUUUCAAGGAUUCGAUGAUCCAUUUGAAAAUGGCAUCUUUGAGGACAAAUGGCAGAUAGUUAAUAAUUGUAAAUAUGACGGCAAUCUAUGGGGCUUUAAAAAUAUUACAGUGAAAGAAGUUGUAUGUGUCAAAUUUCAAGGACUCAUUGGGAAGUUGUGGGAGGUGCUAUCAUUGCACCCGAGUGCAAAAAAAGUUAUGGUGACUCACGGGGAGAUUCCUCUGCAUAGUAAUUAUGGAUCUAAAACAUAUUGGGAUUGCCGUAAAAGCAUGAACUUUAACAAAGAACUUGUGGAAAUAGCACAGAAAUAUAUUUCUAAGAAUUUUGACUGUGAAACAGUAAAAUGUAACAACUAUGUUAGUGUGCAUUGGCGAAGACAAGAUUUUGCUCAGAGCAGAAGCCGAGAUGUACCCUCAUUAGAGGGCACUGUGAAGCAGCUUGAUAAAAUAAUUAAAAAAGAGCUGAAAAAUAUCACAAAUAUAUUUAUUGCGACCGAUGCAUUUACAUAUGAAAUAGAUGGUCUGGAAUCCAAACUCAAUGUUUUAGGUUAUGAAGUAUAUCUUUAUACACCAACAGAAUUGGAAUUGGCCAACUUCAAAGAUGGAGGAGUGGCUAUAAUUGAGCAAAUCAUUUGUUCUCAUGCUGCUUAUUUCAUUGGUACUCAUGAAAGCACUUUUACAUUUAGGAUUCAGGAAGAACGAGAGAUUAUGGGUUUUGAAACCAAUACCACCUUUAACAGGCUUUGUCCGGACUCCGGGUUUUGUGAGAAACCUUCAAAAUGGACUGUAGUCAAUUAAAUUAUGAAGAUUAACAAUUCUAUAAGCAGCCGAUACAUUCGCUUUUAUGAGUAUUGUAAAAAUCAAUAAUUCAUUUAAUCAUUUAAAGCAACCCUAGGCUCGUGACAUUCAUGGCUGAAGGAAAUGCAAGGCAAAAGCCUUGAGCUGAAAAAGUUAAAUCAAUUGUUGAACGAAAUGAAAAAGCCUUGAGAUGAAAAAGGGGAUUUAAUCAAUUAUUUUUUGUAUACUGUGACCACUAGAUCAAUCAUGUUAACUAUUGUUUAAUUUGUAUGAUUUAAUUUAAUUCAAAAUGCAUAAUAAUUUUAUUGAUAAGGCUAUGAAAAGUUUAAUUAUAGACAGAUCUGAUAAUAUCACAGGCAUCAUCCAUAAUAUGGGUGUUGCUCAAUGACUAGGAAAUAAAUAUCCAACUGCUGGGCAAAACCCUCUGCUAACCCCUUCCACAAGUGUAUUCAUAUAUUUUUAUGUGAUAUAAAAAUCUGUAACCGAAUCUCAUGUAAAAAAGGAUGCAGAGUCUAAAUGGGACACUUUAAGCAGGGUUGACCAAAAAUAAAUAUUGUAGCAUUUCACGUUACUUUUACUCCAUAAUGAAAGCAUUUUAUCUGUAUUGUACUUUUGAAAUUCCUUAAAAAUCUACUCUGUUAUUUAUUAAAAAAAUUAAAAAGCAUAUUUUAAACUUUACACUAUUUGGCAUUAAAAGAAAGAGACAAACAUACUUUAGCUUAAAGUAUGAUUUAACUUUUUUAUGAAUAACAGGGCAAGUGUAUUAAAUAGUUUUAAGUAAUAUACUGUAGUUUAUUAAUUUACCAAAGAUUUUAAUAAAUUUUAUUUGACAUAAAUUA